AUGUCCCGCCUGGUCCUCGGUGUCUUCGCGCUGUGGGUGGGCGUGAACGCUGCCCCCAGCGACCCUACCGCGCAUGUCCUGAACGGGACGUAUGCUGGCGUGCGCAAUGCACACUACCAGCAGGACUUCUUUCUGGGUAUGCCGUAUGCGCAGCAGCCGGUGGGCGACCUGCGGUUUACAGUGCCGAAGUCGCUGAACGAGAGUUGGGAAGGGGUGCGUGACGCGAAGGAAUACUCGGACAUCUGUGUUGGAUACGGAACGGACCAAAUCUGGUACCGCUCUUCAGAGGCGUGUCUUACCAUCAACGUCGUCCGUGGUUCUUCUGCCAGCGAGGACUCGAACCUUCCUGUCGGCGUUUGGAUCCACGGAGGGGGCUUCUAUCAGGGCUCGAGUGCGGACCAUCGGUAUAACCUGUCUGCUAUCGUCGCCAACUCAUACGAGAUCGGCAAACCCUUCAUCGCUGUCUCGUUCAACUACCGGCUCUCGGCCUGGGGGUUCUUGAGCUCCAGCCAGGUCAGCGGCAGUGGUAACACGAACCUGGGUCUGCGAGACCAGCGACUGGCACUUCGAUGGGUCCAGGAGAAUAUCAAGGCCUUUGGAGGCGACCCCAACAAGGUCACCAUCUGGGGUGAGUCCGCAGGCGGCGCGUCGGUGGGUUAUCACCUCAUCGCGUACGGCGGUCGAGACGACGGUCUCUUCCGCGCAGGCAUCUUGGAAUCAGGCGGGCCAAUCCUCUACCGUCCGAACAAUGCCACGGGGUAUCAGAGCCUGUAUGAUGACCUGACAGCCAAAGUGAACUGCUCCAACACGGUGGACUCGCUGCAGUGCCUGCGCGAGGUUCCGUUCGAGAAGCUGAACGCGGCGAUUAACGGCACAAAUGGCGCGUCUGAGUAUAACUUCUCGCCUGUGAUUGACGGGGACUUUGUGAAGGAAUGGGGCAGCAUCCAGCUGAGGGAUCACAAGUUCGUGAAAGUGCCCAUCCUGGCUGGUACGAACACCGACGAAGGUACUUCGUUUGGUCCAGUCGGGAUCAAUACGACUCAGCAGUUCUACAAGUAUCUCACAGACGGUGAAGAGGGCUUCAAACUCCCCCCAUCUGUAGCCCACCGGAUCCUGGAACUGUACCCGGACGACCCAGCCCAGGGAGUCCCCGAGUUCCUCGGAGACCGACGUAUCCCGUCCAAGGGCUAUCAGUGGCGACGCACCUGUGCCUACGCCGGCGACCUUUAUAUGCACGCCAACCGCCGGCGACAAUGCGAGGCAUGGGCGGAGACGUCGACGCCGGCGUACUGCUACCGGUUCGACAUGCGCUCGGGGGACGCGCCGUAUCUCCAGGGCGCGCAGCACUUCAACGAAGUGUCAUUCGUGUUCAACAACAUCCAGGGCCAGGGAUACCAUUAUGGCAAGCCGUUUGCGGGCAUGCCCCCGUCGUACAAGCAGCUGAGCCGGCUCAUGACCCGCAUGUGGGCAUCGUUUAUCCACGACCUGAACCCCAACACGGGCAUCACGAACGAAACCACCGUUCAGUGGGAGCCGUACGAGCUGGCCAAGCCCGUCGACAUGAUGUUUGAUGCCAAUGUUACGGGCUACGGGUACAUGGAGCCCGACACGUGGCGCAAGGACGGGAUUGAUUAUAUUAAUUCGGUUGCAAGUGUGUACUGGCGAUAG